AUGAUAUUAUUAUGGCACGGUCGGUUCCGGCCAGAAUCCGGCGGCAAGGAACCUGCUGAAAUCGGCGAAAACUGUGCCGGAAUCGAGAAGAGCUGUACCGGAUCCGACUCAGAUUUCAACGGAUCCAGUCGCCGGAAUGAUCGACCUGGAAUCGAAGCAAUUAAAACAGAUAUUUCGAAAAUCAACGCCGAAAUGACCAAACAACAGGGAACAAUUACAAAAAUUUGGAAAAUUCUGGAGAAUUUGGAAGAAAUUUUCAAAACAAAAUUAGACGUUCCUCGAGCAAACCUGGUAGAAAACGUCGAACAUUUUGAUCAUUGA